GGGCUUCUGGCCGACAGGGGAGGCGGACCCGACCACAGCGCCCCCGGCCAAUCAGAAAGGCGUCUGGCGUUCCCUGGCGACCAUUAACGCCCAGCCGUCCGCGGGGUUGGAGGAGGCGGGGCGGCUAGAGCACUAGCCCCAUCGGCCAACCGCCAGGCUUCCUGGCGCGGAGAAGCGGUGCCUCUGGGAGCCGGGGCGGGGCUGUCUCCUUGGCAACUAUCUAGCCCUCCAGGAGGGAGGAGGGGGAUCAGGAGAGCCGAGCGGGGUGGGGACCGGAGGAACGGGAGCGGGCGCGCAGGUGCGGGGGAGCGGAGUUCCAGGAGGGGGUCCCAGGCUCAAGGACCUCGGCGAGGCCAAGGGUAGUCCGUCCCGGUUCCCGACGCGCUGCCGGAGCUGACCCGGAGGCUCGGGAGGGGAGGGAGAGAGACACCGCCCCCGCUGGCGCCGGGAAGCGUCGCUCCUUCUCGCUGACCUUGGUCUCGCUUGUCGCCUCGCCCUUGGCCACACGCACCGACAACGCUGGGCCAGGGAGAUGGACAGACGGGCCUUUGGAGGGACGGAGACCUAGAACAUAGGCACACAUACUGCCCCGGUAGCCCGGUGGGCUCCGGGGUGUCAGGUCCUCGCCCACCCCGAGGCCGGGCCCCUCCAGCCCAGGGUUAAUGCCAACGAGUUUCCACCUCCAGCGGCUCCUAGAGAGGCCGCGGCGCGAGCCGGCGGGGGGACCUGGCCGCGGACGGACACUUCCUGUGCGGGGGAGGGGGCCGGGCGGCCGUUGGACAGCGCAGCCCAGCCCGGGGCCGGGGGCCAGACGGUGGGGGCUCGGGCGGGAGCGGGGCCGGGGCCGCCGGGGUAGUCGCGAGGCCCCUCAUCCCCGAGGCCGCGACGCGCGGGGGCCCGUGAGGGACACGGGGAGGCCGAGACCUUGGGAGGGGGCGGGGCCGCCUGCAGGGGAGGGGCCCGGCGCGCAGGAGAGGCGCGGGGUCAAGACGUCCGGCCUCGGGGGCUCGGGCUGGGCCGCCGCGUCCCUUGGGCGGCGCUGAGGGGGCGGGCGGGCGGGCGGCGGGGCCCCGGGGCUCAGGGCAACCCAGGCCGGGUCGCAGGAUCGGCCGCCAUCGCCGCCGCCGCUGCACGGGGAGCCCGCGGGGAUGGAGCGGGAGGCGUCGCCGUGGGGCGUCGAGCCCCAGGAUGUGCAGAGUUCUGACGAAAUGAGGAGCCCCGAAGGGUCCCUCAGAGGCAACAUGAGUGAGAAUGAGGAAGAGGAAAUUUCUCAGCAAGAAGGCACUGGGGACUAUGAAGUCGAAGAGAUACCAUUUGGGCUUGAACCCCAGAGCCCUGGGUUCGAGCCACAAAGCCCCGAGUUUGAACCCCAAAGCCCCAGAUUUGAGCCUGAAAGCCCUGGAUUUGAGUCCCGAAGCCCUGGGCUUGUGCCCCCAAGCCCUGAGUUUGCACCCAGAAGCCCUGAAUCAGAUUCUCAGAGCCCUGAGUUUGAAUCCCAGAGCCCUAGGUAUGAACCCCAAAGCCCUGGCUAUGAACCCCGGAGCCCUGGCUAUGAACCCCGGAGCCCUGGCUAUGAAUCUGAGAGCUCUAGAUACGAAUCCCAGAACCCUGAGCUCAAAACCCAAAGCCCAGAAUUUGAAGCUCAAAGUUCCAAAUUCCAGGAGGGUGCAGAGAUGCUUCUGAACCCCGAGGAAAAGAGUCCCUUGAAUAUCUCUGUAGGAGUUCACCCCCUGGACUCCUUCACUCAGGGGUUUGGGGAGCAGCCCACAGGUGACCUGCCCAUAGGGCCACCUUUUGAGAUGCCCACAGGGGCCCUGCUGUCUACACCACAGUUUGAGAUGCUUCAGAAUCCCCUGGGUCUCACAGGAGCCCUUCGAGGUCCAAGCCGGCGGGGUGGCCGGGCCAGGGGUGGGCAGGGCCCUCGGCCUAACAUCUGCGGCAUCUGCGGGAAGAGCUUCGGGCGGGGUUCCACCCUGAUCCAGCACCAGCGCAUUCACACCGGUGAGAAGCCCUACAAAUGUGAGGUCUGCAGCAAGGCCUUUUCCCAGAGCUCUGACCUCAUCAAACACCAGCGUACCCACACUGGCGAGCGACCCUACAAAUGUCCCCGUUGCGGCAAGGCCUUCGCUGACAGCUCUUACCUGCUUCGCCACCAGCGCACUCACUCUGGCCAGAAGCCCUACAAGUGCCCACAUUGUGGCAAGGCCUUUGGCGACAGCUCCUACCUCCUGCGACACCAGCGCACCCACAGCCACGAGAGGCCCUACAGCUGCACGGAGUGCGGCAAGUGCUAUAGCCAGAACUCGUCCCUGCGCAGCCAUCAAAGGGUGCACACCGGUCAGAGGCCCUUCAGCUGUGGCAUCUGCGGCAAGAGCUUCUCCCAGCGGUCGGCCCUUAUCCCCCAUGCCCGCAGCCACGCCCGGGAGAAGCCCUUCAAGUGCCCUGAGUGCGGCAAGCGCUUUGGCCAGAGCUCGGUGCUGGCCAUCCACGCCCGCACCCACCUGCCAGGCCGCACCUAUAGCUGCCCCGACUGCGGCAAGACCUUCAAUCGCUCCUCCACGCUCAUCCAGCACCAGCGCUCCCACACGGGCGAGCGGCCCUACAGGUGCGCCGUGUGCGGCAAGGGCUUCUGCCGCUCCUCCACGCUGCUGCAGCAUCACCGGGUGCACAGCGGCGAGCGGCCCUACAAGUGCGAUGACUGCGGAAAGGCCUUCUCCCAGAGCUCCGACCUCAUCCGCCACCAGCGGACCCAUGCGGCGGGCCGGCGCUGACCCGGAGCCCCAGCAGGGGUGGGAGAUUUGGGCAGAAGAUAAGGGGCCAGGGAACUAGAAGAACCUUUAGGGAGGAUAGUGGAGAAGCCGCAGCAGGAUGGAGGAGCUGAGGAUGCUGGAAGAAGAGGGCCAGGGUGGAGGAAGUGACAUGCCCUCGAGACUUGUGGGAAGUGGGUUGGAGGGAGGCCAGGCCGGCAGCGGGAGGCCCUGGGAGAAAUGGAGAGAAGUCAGCGGAGGGCUGGCCUCGCAGCCGCGGCUCCUGGGUAGGUGCCUGGCUUGGCAACGUGCUAGAGCAGGGAGGGGGGAGGGCGGGGGAUUACCUAAUUAGAGUGGGUUAGCUUAGAUUGGUAGCUGCUGAAACCCUUGUUGAGUCAGGAGCGGGUAAAAGGGUAGGUGGGGUGGGGAGUGGGGCCUCGGGGUGGGGCCUGGGCCUCUGCGUGCAAACCCCAGCCUCCCUCUUUUUCCUCAGGCUUUGGAGCCCCUGAGUUUGAGUUCAAUAAAAACCUUUAUGUGGUAAA